AUGGUUGCAGGUUCACGGACACAGCCCAGUUCUGAACAAGAUGGGAUGUCUGAACAGGAGCGUUUGCAGCAUCAACUACAAAUCUUUCAGGAUUCUCUACCAAAGGUCAACCAGUUAGCAUAUCAAAUGCUCCUAAAUGAGAUGGUACCGCUUGCAGUGUCUGUGGAAAACCGGCUGGCACAGACAGAGCAUGUUAACAAUUCCGAGACGAUCGACAGUUCUGGUGAUAAAGAUACAGUAAGUGAGAUGGUCAGAGACCUACACAUAAGCCCUAAAUUGGACCUGCCUUCACACAAGCUAUGUCUUCAGCUAUACGAAGCUGAGGAAGAAAGAAAGAAGAGGAUCUUGGAAAGGUUGCGGAGCAUGGGAUUUCAAACAGGUAAUAAGCUUUCCGAACUGCUUGUAUUCAGUAAUAACCCUAAUUUGACAUUCAAAGACAUGGAUCUACUAGCCAUAAUGAAAUUCAUUUGCCGCGAUGUGUGGAAGCAAAUGUUUGGCAAACAGAUAGAUAAUUUGAAAACGAAUCAUAGAGGUACUUUCUAUCUCUUCGAUUACGAAUACAGACCGAUUCAGCCAUUUGCCUUGGACGAUCAGUCUACGGAAAAGGAGUUGGAAAUGGUGAAGCCUUUUUUGGAGAUACCAGUGGGUGUUAUAAAAGGUGUUCUGUCAUCGUUAGGCUAUAAACAGGAGCAAGUUGUAUGCUUGGCUUCGUACAUCGACAGGCCUGCCGAUCGUCCAAAGUCCACAUUCCCAAAAGGGAUCAGCUUCCACGUUCAAGUGAACAAAUAG